AUGUUCAUGAAGGCAAGCAUGAAUGCCAUAGCUGUAGUCAGAAGAUUCUUCCUUGUCCUCUUCCAGUGCAAAAAGCUGCUGUUCUUGCUCUGUGUGGGUCUGUGUGUGAAGAGCCUGUACAAUGUGACAAACACACUUGGCAGGCAUACUGAAAAUGGAACCCUUUACAUGGUCUUUGGAGGGGACCUGUUCAUGGACACCAGUGGUCAGGAGCUGGGAGACAGAACAACAUGGAGGCACGUUGGUGCUUGCCGAAGACGCUUUGUGUGGAGAAAGCCUUUUCUUAGAAGGUUUAAAUCUCACUGGGAGCCUUUCUUGACCAGCAAAUCCAUAUACUCACUCCUGGACAGGCCUUUUAAACAGGAGCUUGAAGAAGUUCUGUGGCUCCAUAAACUUCCUUUCGGGCUGCACAGAUCAGUUCUCUCUGCUUUUAGCACAUUGCAGCUUCUUCCAGAGCAGGAUUUGCCUGGAUCCUUUGGCCGUUUAUGGUGCCAAAGGUGCAUUGUGGUUGGCAAUGGCUACUCUGUCCAUGGGCAGCACUUUGGGAAAAUGAUUGACUCUCAUCAUGUUAUCAUAAGAUUAAAUGAUGCUCCAGUAAAAGAGUACAAGAAGGAUGUGGGAGAAAGAACCAGCAUUCGUCUCUUCUUCCCUGAAUCAGCUCUGCCCAACCCUCUGGAAAACAGUGACAACAAUACACUGAUGGUGUUUGUCCCAUUCAAGCCUUUGGAUUUUUUAUGGCUGAGGGAAGUAUUGCUGAAAACAAAGAACAAGACAAAGGAGGGAUUUUGGCGCCAGCCUCCCCAGGAGUGGAACUGGAACAUCUCUCAGCUACGUAUUCUCAAUCCAUAUGUCACCUAUGAGGCAACAUUCAAGCUGCUGCAGCUGAAUGCAUCAAGUAGGAGAUAUGCCACCACGGGAAUCAUUGCUUUGAACUUAGCCCUCCAUCUGUGCCAAGAGGUCAACAUUGCAGGCUUUGGUUACCCUGGCAACCAUGACACUACUACACCAAUACAUUAUUACAAUACUGGUCUCUCACGGAAAAACGAGCUCUUUCAGCAUAAUCUCACAGCUGAGAGGAACUGGCUUCUGAAAAUGAUUGAGUGGGGAGUGAUUGCUGACUUAACCAGCCAUACCUUCCAGACCCAGAACGACUGAGAGGAGGCCAUGCUGGUUGCUAUCCCCAUCCAGACACCUCAGUUGGGCUUUGCCCUUGUUCCAUUCUUGUUCCAGGUUGUUUUGAGCAUGUCAUAGUACAUUCUUUCCCAGGUAGGAUGGGAGGUUAAACCCUGAGAUUCAGAGCACUUUCUUCAUCCUUCAUUUGCCUCUAGCUUCCACCACUGCCUGCUAUAGUGGAGGAUGAAGAGUGUUGCACAACACUUCUUCCUUGGGUAAUGUCCUCCUGCUUUGUGAUCAGCCAUCCUGUACUCACUGAGCUGUUUGUGAAAAGCACAAGACUUAGAUGCCAAGCUGGUCUGCAGGCCCUGAGAAACUCAGGAGCGAAGGUGCAGUGCUUACCCUGAGAUUUCAGACUCCUUCAUGCACAAAGUGGAGAAUAAAGUUACACCCAUCGCUUUGGAAAAGGACUAGGUUGAAAACAGAGAGUUUUAGUGUCUCACUAAUUGUUGGGAAAUGUUAACGUCUGCAGUAAACACCAAAAAAAUUGUUUCUUUUAUUGUUCUG